AUGGCGGCGAAUACUUCUACAGAAUUUGACUCCUACAGUGAGCGCAAGGCUUUCGAUGAGACAAAAGCAGGCGUGAAAGGCCUCGUUGAUGCUCAAGUCACUGAAAUUCCUCGUAUCUUCCACGAUCCUUUAGGUACCUUGGACAACAAGAAACCUCAUGUGUCGGAUUUCGCAAUCCCUAUCAUCGACUUUGCAAGCUUCCACGUGUCACGUGAAAGCGUCGUUGAGAAGAUCAAAGCUGCUGCAGAGAAGUGGGGAUUCUUCCAGGUGAUUAACCAUGGUGUUCCUUUAAGUGUUCUUGAAGAGAUCAAAGAUGGAGUUCGUAGGUUUCAUGAGGAAGAUCUUGAGGUUAAGAAAUCUUACUUCUCUCGAGACUUCACCAAGAAAUUGCCUACCACAGCAAUUUCAAUCUGUAUAAUUUGUCGUCCAUUAACUGGAGAGACACCUUUGGUAUUUACAUGGACCCAAAUCUUCCAAAAUCUGAAGAGAUCCCAGAAGCAUGCAGGUGGUUUGCUCUUUGAACUACUCUCUGAAGCUCUUGGUUUGAGCUCUGAGAUGCUUAAGAGCAAGGGUUGCAUGAAGGGUGUGCUUAUGCUCAGCCAUUAUUACCCUCCAUGUCCACAACCUGACCUAACUUUGGGAACAAGUAAGCAUUCCGACAACUCCUUUAUCACUAUUCUCCUUCAGGACCAGAUCGGUGGUCUUCAAGUUCUUCAUCAGGACUCUUGGGUUGAUGUCUCUCCUCUUCCUGGGGCACUCCUAAUAUCGAACGACAAGUUCAUAAUCGUGCAGCAUAGGGUGCUCGCAAACAAAGCUGGACCGAGGAUUUCAGUUGCGAGCUUUUUCAGCACGAGUAUGCAUCCGAAUUCCACAGUUUACGGACCAAUAAAAGAGCUUUUGUCUGAAGAAAACCCUCCAAAAUACAGAGAGUUCACUAUACCAGAGUAUUCAGCCGGAUACUUAAAGAAAGGUGUCAAUGAUGAAUCUCAUCUCUCCUAUUUCAAGAUAUGA